GUCGGUGAUCGGCGAAGGCGAGAUGGAUCGCCAACGGGCCGAGAUGCUGAUAAAGAUUGCCCAAGUGCGCCUGCAGUGUGGACGCACGGAAGAUGCGCUGAAUUACCUCUACCAGGCCCAGAGCCUCUACCCGACCCGUACGGCGGCUGGGCUCAUACAGGCCAUUCGAGGCGGCUGGUUUGAAGCCGAGCGGGCGUUCUUUGAGCCACCCCAAGGCCACUACAGCGGCGGCUGGCAAAACGGCAACCACUACGCGGGUUGCGGCAGCUGCGGCAGGCCCGCGUUCCAUCAGCAUUACGAAGAAGACGAGGAGGAAGAGGAGGAGGAAGAAGAAGAGGAGGAAGAGGAUGAAGAAGAGCGGGAAGAAAAGGUUCCCCAUGGGUUUGCCGACACCGACAAUUACUACAGCGUGCUCGGAGUCAGAAAAGACGCCAGCGAGGAUGUGAUGAGGAAGGCCUAUCGGAAGUUGGCGUUGCGGUACCACCCGGACAAAAACAGCGCUCCUGGAGCCACAGAGGCCUUCAAGGUGAUUGGAAAAGCAUUUGCUGUUCUCAGCGAUCCAGCCAAAAGGAAAGUAUAUGAUGAGUCACAAAGCCAAACACAAGCAUCCCCAGAAACCGACAUGCCAACCAAUGAUGUCUUCGAUAUGUUCUUCAGGGGUCAUUAUUCAGCUCGGGCGGCUUACGGCUUUAAUGGUCAUCCAAGAGAGCAAAGGCAAACAAGCAGAGAGGAAGAUGGUAAGUGGCAGAAGUGGGCAUCUGGAGAAGACAGACAAGACAUGCCAAGAUGGCAAAGGGAGGAGAUGAGGCAUAACACCGAACAAGAAUGGAAAUGGAGAGAAGAAGCGUAUAACGAAGGGAGAAGACAAUGGCAGUGGGAGAGAGAUCAGAAACAAGAUGGAGGACAGCCAAAAUGGCAGAAAGAAGCCAAGCGAGAACCAGGCAGGCCAAAAACUCAGCAAGAAAGGAGGCAGGAAGCUGAACAGACCAGCCCAAAGUGGUGGGAAAAGAAAGGCCAAGACAACCGAAAAUCAAGGUGGCGUGAAGAAAUGGAGAAACAAAAUCUCAGACGCCCGAGGAGACCGGAGGAGGAAGAAGUUGGUCAGCCCAAAAACGCAUACUCCGCUUUUAUCCAGGUUCUGCCAGUGCUUAUCCUCGUGGUGGUCUCUGUGGUGGCUCAAUUGACAGCCAGCACGCCAUCAUACAGUCUCCAUCCUAGACCAUCUUCUGGCUUGACCAUCCCCAGGGAGACCAGCAGCCGCGGAGUCCCGUACUACGUGGGGCAAAGUUUUCACACGCGUUAUCGAGGUCCAGCUUUAGCAGAGCUGGAGAGGGCUGUGGAGAAGGAGUACGCAGAACAAGUCCAGGCCGGAUGUUGGAGAGAGAAACAACAAAGGUCCGAUCUUGCCAAUCUGGCUCGGCUCUAUAGGGACGAGAGACUAAGGGAAAAGGCCGACACUUUCAAGAUGGAGAACUGUCGGAAGCUGUCUGACCUCAUAGGUAUACGCAGAGGUGGCUGAGGUGGAACAUUCAGAUUCAAAUGAGUCCAUCUACUCCAUCUUCAUGAGAUCUUUGAAUGAUGACCACUUAGAACACUUAGAGAUAACGGUACUUAAUCUUUCUACUGCUCGUUAAUAUUAGCGCUAAUGACUUUUUGCAAGCACUGGAGCCUCUAACCUAAUAGGAUAUCUACAAAUUGCCUGUCUAAGGGCCCAUACUCACAGGCUUUUUAUACCAGCCCUAGGAAUGUAUGACUAUCCCUGUGAAUAAUGUCCAUGGGGAAGUGUAGUAAAGGAACACUCCUGUGAAACG